UUAGAUGAUUUUUGGUGAUUUGCGUAUGUGUAUAAUUAAUUAAGUAGGAUAAUUAGCUUUGUGCGUAACGUAUGCGAAAUAAUGUUUUGCGUAGUUAAUAUAUUAUAAGUAAAGACCGGCUUGUGUAUUUGACGCCAUGUUUAAGGACCCAGCCCUUAACAUUAUUUAUAUUUUGCCAUGUAUCCUAUCAAUAAUUUAUAUUUCGACAAUAAGUUGCGAGGAAUAUACUCAAUCAGUCAAAAUUACGGUAACACCGGUAAAAGUAGGAUUGAAUUCGACAAUUGUUUGCAUAUACAAUGCUCCGGAUGUUACACCUACAUGGGAAUUCAAUGGGGUGAACAUAUCUGAUAAUGAAAGGUAUAACUUUCUACAAGAAAUUGAAGAAAACUCUAUAACAUCAAGCCUUCACAUCCACAAUAUCACCCACGCUGACUCGGGAAAUUAUACUUGCACAGUUGCAAUUGAUGAUCAAGUUUUAAGGAAGCAUGCAACAUUAGAUGUUUACUCACCAAUAGUUACUGUAUCUAAAUCUAACAAGCUAAAAUCAAAUGUUGAUGGUGAACAUAUGUUGUAUUGUUUAUUUGAAGGUUUUCCAUUUGGAAAAUUUUAUUGGUUAAGGGGCAAUGAUUCUACAACAAUAUCUUUGCUGAAAGAAAAAAGUAACAUUACUUAUGUUAAUAAUGCAACAAGGGCGAAUUUGACCUUACAUUUGGGUGCAAUUAGUAGGAAGGAUAAUGGCUCCUAUUAUUGCAUUGCAGAGGAUGCCUUUGGUCACAUUCAUAAUGAUUCUGUUAUUGUACUGGUGCUGGAAAAACCACAAGUUAGCAUAGACUUUGUCAAAGCGGUUGGUGCUGAUAAAAUCUAUAUGAAUUGGACUCUCAAUGAUGGGAAUGAUCCAGUUAUAGAAUAUUUUGUUCAAUACAUGGAAGAAGGCACUGGGUCUUACACUUUUUAUAAUGAAAAAAUACAUGGAGGCAAUUAUUCAUUUGUAUUAAAAAAUUUAAAGCCAAAUACUGAAUAUAAGUUGCAAAUGGCUGCAUCGAACAAGCUAGGCAUUGGGCAAUAUCAUAAAUAUGCUCAUCUUGUAAGGACUCUUAAAAAAGAUCCUAAUUUCAUUCCUAAAAUAGAGGUAAAAGGUAAUACGUUUAAUACCAUAACGAUUGGGUGGACUGCCCCACCUACAGAAUUACUGGAACAUAUACAUUAUUAUGAACUACUCGCUCAAGAAUACAAUUCAACUGAUAAGAAGGAAGUUUUACAACCUGAAGAUUCUCGUAACUUGCCUUACAUGUUUGCAGAACUGAAAACGGCCACAAUGUAUUAUUUUAAAGCUCGCGCUUGUAGUGAUUACACACAUUUGUGUGGCAAUUGGUCUGAGAUUGUAAAUGGGACUACUAUGGAUGGUCUCUCGGGUCCUCCACAAAAUGUCACUGUUAUUUGCCAUUUUGACAAUAUUAGUCAUUUAACUUUUGUUAAUGUUAGCUGGGGACCACCAUUAAAUAAAAAUGGUAAAAUCACACACUAUAAUGUGAUUCUGGAAGGACAUGCCACUUACAAAACAAAUCGCGGAUUGCAAACCAAUGAAACAUUGACACCCAAGAUGAAAAGCAUAGCUGAUACAUCCUACAAUGCACGAUUUGAUAUGAUUCCUGCAAACACUAAUUACACAGUACAUGUAGCCGGUGUAACAAGGACCAAAAAACCAGGUGAAAAGACUACAAAAACCUGCACCAUGCCACCUACAAUUCCAAAUAAAGAUGAUUUUCUGAGAUUGAGCUGGGGAAAGGUUGAAGAACAUGGCAACUGGAUGUUCAAAUUAGACCUACCAAGAGUGUCAGAGAGAAAUGGCCGCAUAUGCUGCUAUAGAAUAUUCAUCAUUCGUAUGGUGAACCAUCAAACAAUAUCUGAUUUACCUAGACCUGAAGAUUUGUCAAUAUCAACUUAUGAAGCAGUACAUAAGAAUCCAUCAGGAGGUGUUUAUGUAGCAGAAAUGUUCACAAGCGACAUGCUGAACAAUGAAGUAUUUUUAGGCGAUGGGCGAACUGUUAAUUCAAGUGUGGCUGCUUGCCAACAAUGCAUAGGAUUGAAGCAGAAGAGAAUUAAUUCAAUUCCAUCUUUGACAAUAAAAGAUACAAAAGAUCUUUUGUCGAGGCGAAGAAGAGAUCUUGGCCCUGAGCAACUGCAUCCUCCAAUUAUAUUUGAUGGGCAACUUGAUUCUCAGAGUAACUAUUCAGGAUUUGUUGAAAUCAUGGUGUAUGGGUCCAAACCAGGUCUAGUUAUACCUGCUUAUAGUGACUACUUUGUUUUAUUAAAUCCUGGACCAGAAUUUCCUUUUGCACCAGGAGCAUUCGACAUACUUGGAGUUGUGAUACAACUUUUCUGUGGCUUGAUUUUGGUUGUUUUGUUCCUUUUAUUGUCACUUUGUUUGCUGCAUAGAUAUACUAAACAAGUCGCUCAAGCACAAGGAGUAGAAAUGAUGACAUUAAGAAAUUCGUUCAGACAUCUUUGUAGAAGUUUAAGAGGACGUCAUCAGCUAGUGUCCUUAAGCCCUCCUGAUAUGGUACCCAUACAGAAAGAUGAUUUGCUGAAUGCAUACAUGGAACGGCAUAAAGAUUCAGAUUAUGGUUUUCAACAUGAAUUUGAGUUGCUUCCCGAUCGUUUUCCUGACCGUACAACAAGGGCAUCAGAAGCUCGUGAGAACUUAUACAAGAAUAGAUACCCAGAUAUUAAAGCGUACGAUCAAACAAGAGUAAAGCUUGCUCAAAUUGAUUCUGUAACAGGCUCUGAUUAUAUUAAUGCAAACUUUGUGAUGGGGUAUAAAGAACGAAAGAAAUUUAUCUGUGCACAAGGUCCUAUGGAAAAUACAGUGAAUGACUUCUGGAGAAUGAUAUGGGAACAGCAUUUAGAACUGAUUUUAAUGUUGACCAAUUUAGAAGAGUAUAGUAAAACAAAAUGCGCAAAGUAUUGGCCAGAAAAAACUGAUGGAGACAAAAUAUAUGGAGAUAUUACUGUAGCACAUAUUCAAGAGACAAGAUAUUCAGAUUAUAUUGUUCGUGAAUUGAAAGUGUCCAGAAAUAUAUCAGGGAGAGAAGUUGAUGAACGUAAUAUUUUUCAAUAUCAUUUCUUGGUUUGGAAGGAUUUUAUGGCCCCAGAACAUCCGCAUGGAAUAUUGAAAUUCAUUAAAAGAAUGAAUGAGGCAUAUUCUUUUGAGCACGGGCCUAUUUUGAUACAUUGCAGUGCUGGUGUAGGUAGAACGGGCACUUUAGUUGCAUUAGAUAAUUUGUUGCAACAACUCAAGGAAGAAGGACAAGUUGCUAUUUUCAACACAGUUUGUGAUAUGAGACACCAAAGAAAUUUCCUUGUACAAUCAUUGAAACAAUAUAUAUUUGUUUAUCGGACUUUAAUGGAAGUAGGGCAGUAUGGUGACACCGAAAUUCCAGCAAAUAAAUUGAAGUCUACUAUUGAUAAGUUGAGAAGUAAAGAAAAUGAUAAAGACAGAUGCAAACUAGAUGAAGAGUUUGAUAAAUUCAAGAUGAUCAUGGAAGACCGCAAACCAUAUUCUGUAGGCAUAGGAGAAGAAAAUAUAAUGAAAAACAGAUCUGAAGAAAUUAUACCUUAUGAUAGAAAUCGUGUAAUUUUGACACCUAUAUGUGGAAGAGAGCAUUCAACAUAUAUAAAUGCCUCAUUUAUAGAAGGAUAUGACAAUACAGAAUCAUUCAUAGUGACGCAAGAUCCACUUGAUGACACAAUUGCAGAUUUUUGGAGAAUGAUAUCAGAACAAGGCAUAAGCACCCUCGUUAUGUUAGCAGAUUUGGGAGAAGGUCCUAGGAAAUGCCCUCGUUAUUGGCCAGAUGAUGAGAUUUUGCAUGAUCACAUCAGAGUUAAAUAUGUACAAAGUGAAAGUUGUCCAUAUCAUACUAGGCGAGAAAUUAUUGUUACGAACACAAAGACUGACGAAAGCACUACAAUUACUCAACUGCACUACCAAGGGUGGCCAACGGUAGAGGGGGAAGUACCAGAGGUAACCAGGGGAUUAAUUGAAUUAGUUGAUCAAGCACAAGCUAACCAGCAGCGUGGUGCUACAGGGCCGAUAACAGUACAUUGCAGCACUGGCACUGAAAGGAGUUCGAUGUUUGUUGCAUUGAGUAUUUUAGUUCAACAACUACGGACCGAAAAAAGGGUAGAUAUAUUUACAACAACUCGUAAACUACGAUCACAAAGACACAGUAUGCUCAGUACUUUCGCACAAUAUGAUUUCCUUCACCGAGCUAUUCUGAAUUAUGCAGAAUUGCACCAUUUAACUGAAUCAAAAAAUGAAGACUGUCAACUAAAUUCAAAUUAGAAACUAAAUAACAUUUGGUAGUAUUUUUUAUCUAUAGGAA